AUGGAAACUUGGAGAGACAAAAGUGAUGAAAUGAUGGGAGAGCUGACUGACCAUGUGACUCACUGUAAGAAAAGUGGAAAACCACCAUUACAGAACAAUGAGAAAGAGGGGAAAAAGGAGCGAGCUGUGGUGGACAAGGUGUUUUUCUCAAGGCUCGCACAGAUUCUGAAAAUCAUGGUCCCUAGAACAUUUUGUAAAGAGACAGGUUACUUGGUACUUAUUGCUGUUAUGCUGGUGUCUCGAACGUAUUGCGAUGUUUGGAUGAUUCAAAAUGGAACACUAAUUGAAAGUGGUAUCAUUGGUCGUAGCAGGAAAGAUUUCAAGAGAUACUUAUUGAACUUCAUCGCUGCCAUGCCUCUUAUCUCUCUGGUUAAUAACUUCUUGAAGUACGGGUUAAAUGAGCUUAAACUGUGCUUCCGUGUAAGGCUCACUAAAUACCUCUAUGAGGAGUAUCUUCAAUCUUUCACAUAUUAUAAAAUGGGAAAUCUGGACAACAGAAUAGCUAAUCCAGACCAGCUGCUUACACAAGAUGUAGAAAAAUUUUGUAACAGUGUAGUCGAUCUGUAUUCAAAUCUUAGUAAGCCAUUUUUAGACAUAGUUUUGUAUAUCUUUAAGUUAACGAGUGCAAUUGGAGCUCAGGGCCCAGCAAGCAUGAUGGCCUACUUGGUUGUUUCUGGGCUAUUCCUAACUCGACUUAGAAGACCCAUUGGUAGGAUGACAAUAACUGAGCAAAAGUAUGAAGGAGAAUAUAGAUAUGUUAAUUCUCGGCUCAUCACAAACAGUGAAGAAAUUGCCUUUUACAAUGGGAAUAAAAGAGAAAAACAGACAGUCCACUCAGUCUUCCGAAAACUGGUGGAGCACCUACAUAAUUUCAUUUUGUUUCGUUUUUCAAUGGGCUUCAUUGAUAACAUUAUUGCCAAAUACCUUGCCACUGUGGUUGGUUACUUAGUUGUCAGUCGCCCUUUCUUAGAUUUGUCUCAUCCUCGACAUCUCAAGAGUACACAUUCGGAACUUCUAGAGGAUUACUACCAAAGUGGAAGAAUGCUUUUGCGAAUGUCCCAAGCUCUGGGUCGAAUCGUUUUGGCUGGGCGUGAAAUGACUAGAUUGGCUGGUUUUACUGCUCGGAUUACAGAAUUAAUGCAAGUACUGAAGGAUUUAAAUCAUGGCAAAUAUGAGCGCACAAUGGUCUCACAACAGGAAAAGGGUAUUGAAGGAGUACAAGUCAUUCCCUUGAUACCUGGUGCUGGAGAAAUCAUUAUUGCAGAUAACAUUAUAAAGUUUGAUCAUGUUCCUUUAGCAACGCCAAAUGGAGAUAUUUUGAUCCGUGACCUUAAUUUUGAAGUUCAAUCUGGGGCUAAUGUUCUAAUUUGUGGUCCUAAUGGCUGCGGAAAGAGUUCUCUUUUCCGUGUUCUUGGUGAAUUAUGGCCUCUUUUUGGAGGACGUCUAACUAAACCCGAGAGAGGAAAGUUAUUUUAUGUUCCUCAAAGACCUUACAUGACCCUUGGAACACUUCGAGACCAAGUGAUAUAUCCAGAUGGACGAGAAGAUCAGAAAAGGAAGGGAAUAUCUGACUUAGUACUGAAGGAAUACUUAGACAACGUCCAGUUGGGUCAUAUCCUUGAACGUGAAGGAGGCUGGGACAGCGUUCAGGAUUGGAUGGAUGUACUGAGUGGUGGAGAAAAGCAAAGAAUGGCAAUGGCAAGAUUAUUUUAUCAUAAACCCCAGUUUGCCAUUUUGGACGAAUGCACAAGUGCAGUUAGUGUCGACGUGGAAGGCUACAUUUACAGUCAUUGUCGAAAGGUUGGCAUCACUCUCUUCACUGUGUCUCAUAGGAAAUCUCUUUGGAAACAUCAUGAGUACUACCUGCAUAUGGAUGGCAGAGGCAACUAUGAAUUCAAACAGAUAACAGAAGAUACAGUUGAGUUUGGCUCUUAGAGAAAUCUGGAGAACUAUACCUGCUUCAAUGAAAUAAUUACAGAAUACACUUAGAAAUUCAAAGUACAUUGUAAAAUAAAGUUGAGCUUGGUUUUUUUUAAAAAAAAAAACAAAGCAACAAAUUAACUAGAUAUAGAAUAAUGGAGAACAAGUUGUUAAAACAUUUAGUAUUAUAUAGGAUAUUGCUAAUUGUGUAUAUGUUGGUUUAAUUAUUAAUAUGUACUAAGAAUGUCCUUAUUCUUGUGGUUAAAAACCUGCCUAAAUUAAAUUGGGCUUCAAUCACUGUAACCUGAUUCAUCCUGGGAUGUAAACCAUUUGAAGUCAGCUAAUUGGACUUUUAUGGCUCUAUCUUUUCCUUCAAUGAAGAACCGUAUUUAAAACCAGGUUAUCAUUUGUCCUGUUCCAGCCAGGUAGUCUUCAGUUUCAUUUUCCUGUGCCCCAUGGUAGUUGGAAACAAAUCAUAAUGUAUUAUUUAAAUGUAUAACAUCAUUGCAUAACAGCAUUUAUUACACAGUGGCAGAUUUCUUUAGCUGCCACAGUAAUACUCAUUCCUUGUGUGUGUCUUGGGUGCAUUUAACUCCAGGAAAGCCAUUUUGAUUUUCCUUAACUAAAUGAUAAAUGUACCCCUCUCAGUCUGCAGUAUUGAGUUGUUUAAAGUAUAUGUGCAGUCUUGCUUACAAGGAGGGGUUACCAUGUAUCACACUAAUCUUCCCAAUGUUUGGGAUAUUAAAACACAAAGUCCUUAACAUGCCAGGCUCAAGGUCUUAUGGGAGUUUUAGAUUUUUUAAAGAAUUAGACAAAUUUGUGUGUGUUAGAAGCCCAUUUAUUAGAAGUGUGGUGGUUAUUUGGUAUUAAACUCCAGAUGAGCCAUAGGAAGGCACUACAUGAAGUAAUGCACUGAGUGUGCAAUGCUAUCACUGUCUUUGACUGUGAUUUUAUGUUUAAAAAGUAUGUUCUAAAAUUAUUAUAUAUACAUGGGUGAAUUAUGUUUCCGAGGCACUGUUUUAUCUCUGUGAAUCUUGAAUAACUUUUUAAUAUUUGGGUUAUUAUGUUGAACGAUCCUAAGAGAAGAUGAUUUCAGUUCAUCAAAACAUCAUUAAUGAUUUUAUGUAUUAUUUACCCAGGGAGAACUGAAACUGAGUAUAAUCAAUAAGCUAGAUAUGAAAUCAGUUUCUCAAACUGAGCUUCUGAAAGGGGCAUUUUAUACUCUUGUUUCUGCAUAACUGGUUUUGUUUUUUUGCAGAAUUAACUAUAACAAUCACUGGCUACCGAAGUAAACUGAUGUACUGAAUUCCAUAAUACAUAACAUUCAGUUUUUACCACUUCUGUUUAGCAAACUUGUAUACUUAUUUUCUGUACAGAUUUAAAAAAAAAAAAAAAAGAAAACAAAACUCAGAUAUCCUAUA